AGGCACCGCCCGCCCGCCCCGGGCCGCGCCCUCAAAAGGGGGACGGGCGGAGGAGCGGCGGGACUUUCCCCGGUUGCCGCGGGGAUGGUUCACUGGGCCGCACCGACGGCUGCUCGGAGGGCACCUCCGACAGCGCCGAGGCGCCCGUGCUCCGCACCGCCCGGCGGCACCGACGGCCGCGGGAGACCCUCACCGUGACCGCCCUCCCCACGACAGCAGGGCCCGAGGGCACCAUGACCCUGCUCAAGCUGUCCCUCAUGGCCUUCAGCUUCAUCUUCUGGGCGGCGGGGCUGACCAUGCUCAUCAUCGGCCUCUGGGCCAAGGUGUCUCUGGGCAGUUACUUGGCGCUGUCGGCCAGCGGCUACCCCAGCGCCCCCGCCAUCCUCUUGGCCACCGGCGUCGCUGUCAUCAUCUGGGGCUUCCUGGGAUGCUUCGGGGCCGCUACGGAGCACCGGGGACUCCUGCGCGCCUACAGCGCCUUCCUGGCCGCCGUGCUGGCGGCCGGGCUGGCGGCCGGGCUCUCGGCGCUGCUGUACCGCCGGACCCUGGUGCAGGGCUUCCAGGCGGGGCUGCGCCAGGCGCUGCUGGCCUACGGGGAGGACGACGGCGUGGCGGACGCCCUGGACGCGCUGCAGCGCACCUUGUCGUGCUGCGGGGUGCAGAGCUACCGCGACUGGCUGGCCUCGCCCUGGGGGCGGCAGCAGAACGGCUCGGUGCCCCUCAGCUGCUGCCGGGCCCGCCGCGGCUGCCGGCGCAGCCCGCCCGACGCGGGCUGGCUGCACCACGCCGGCUGCUUCGGCACGGUGUCCGCCUUCGUCGGCAGCAACAUGUUCUCUGUUGCCACCGCUGCCCUGGGGCUGGCACUGCUGCAGCUCGUCGGUAUUGUGCUGGCUUGCCUGCUGGCUGCCCGCGUCCCUGCACACCUGCUGGGCACCACCACCCCUCCCUGAGGUCCCCCCGCUGCUGCCCCUUGUCCCCGCCAGCUCUCUUCUUUCCCACAUAACUGAGUACACCCCACUGGGAAUAUCCGUCCUUCAGAUUCACCAUUUCCACUCGAGCGACCUUGUCCGGGAUCCAUUCCUCUGGAGCCUGUGUUAGGUGUGCUAUGAGCAUCUCAAGUCCCUCAGAAGGGAAGGUGCCUCCCGGCCUGCCCGUGUGUCCUGCCGGGCAGCAGGUCCCCGCUGGAGCCUCUGAACCACUUCGGCAGGGAGCGAUGGCAGCAUGGACGGACAUGGCUCUCUGAGGCGGCAGGGACAUGUGAGGCAAGGCUGACCGGUUUUCUGGGUGAUGUAAACACCAAGGUACCUAAAUAUGGACCAGGAAAGAUUAGAGGGUCUAGGAGAGUAAGAGAGGUGUCUCUUGACAUUACAGCGUGUGAGUAUUCUUCUGAGACUGGAAAAUGGUGUUACUGGAAAACUGCUGGAGUGCAUGAGGGGCAGGCCUGGUCCAGGGGCAUCCAGCCAGCCAUGCCAGCCGCUGACACGGGGCGCUGCUUGAGGGACUGUCCAGCAUCGUGCAUCCCAUUGCCGCAGAUACCCUCCCUUCGGUGUGAGUGUAUUCAAGCUGUCCAGCUGCUACGGGUGCUUUUCCCGCUUUGGUGUUUCCAAUGCCGAUUUCUGUCUUAAGGUGGAGCUGCAGCUCUAAGUGUUACUCCCUCCUUCAGGAUAUGCCUGUCCUCUUAGCCAGUGUGUGGUUGGUUAUAUGUAUUUUUGCAGAGCUGAAAAGACCUAAAACCCUGUCGUACAAGAAGAUGGCAAAAGCUGUACAAUCAGAUGUGAUGAGGGAUGACAAGAGGAGGGAAAGUUCAUUGCCCUUCAGAAGUUUGCUUUGGACUUUUACUGUUAAUAUCAGGAUGAAUGGAGCAGGCUGACUGUUUUAUAGAAGGGUUUCUGAAGAACAGCCCUCAGACUCUGACAUUUUUCCUCUCUCAAAGGAUCUGUCUCUGAAGUGUGCCCCCACUUGCAUUUUUGAAGCCAGAUCUGUAUACAACCUAAGAGUAAAUGGAGAAUCCCCAAGACUUGCUGUGUAGCCCUGGGUGUAUUCAGGUCACACAGCAAUAUAAAUCUACAAGGGUCUGUAGAUUUAUGGUUUUGCUUUUUUUGCAACAGAUCUGGGUUUGCAUUUGGAGUUUGAAGAAAAGCAAGCCACGCACUUCAGAGAGUCCUGAACUUUCAAAGCUUAACUCCGGCUUCUUUCCACUUCCUUAAAACCUGUGGUCUCUACUUCUACAUAUUUCUCUACCUCGCAGCACAAAGACAUACCCACCUUAACCAGCAAGACAGGGAAGGAAUUAUUUCAUAAUAGAAUCAAAGAACCACAAAGGAACUCCAGAACGUGGCAUCUCUUAGGAAUGUGACUUGCAAAGCUGUGGAGAAUGGUCAAAUGAGUAAAGAAGAUGACUGGUAGCUUCAUGGGAGGAGUAGAGCAACUUUGGGGGAAAGGAUUUUUUCAUGUAUUAGGUGGCUAUUUAGCUAUGAUAAUCAUGUUCCAGUUAACAGUGUAGUGUGACCAGUCUUCACAGUAAUUUGGGUAUUCAUCUGCAUAGAUGAGCCCUGGAAAUAUGUUAGGAAUCUCUCUUUAUAGGCAAAACAGUGCUUUUGAGCAAUAUUUGAGGGCUGAUGUUUAUUAUUCUACAAAAUGUAUUUUUAAAUUUUUGCUUGUAAAUAUCCCUGUAUAUUUUUUAGUUAUGCAGUAGUGGAACUCCUGUUAUUUUCUGGAAGUCAAGAUGAUGUUGUACAAUUUUAACAAUGGCCAAAAAGUAUAGUUUGUAUGGUAAAUGGUACUUGAGAAAUAAAGUUUAGCAGCUGCUAAGAGCAAAACAGGUCACUGUAUCAACUCAGAGAAUUUGCAUUGCUGAAUGUUGACACAAGGUGCAACUACAUGCAAGUGAAAUGAAGUGUACAUUGAAAUGUAUAGAUGGAAGCAUGUUGUGGGUUUUAAAAAUUAUUAUUCAAAAGAUCCAUUAUAGAUGCAAUAAAACAGGCAUUGUGGAGAGUGUAAGAGAGGGACAUGGAAUUGCACUGGGUUUAUAAAAAGAUUUUCUUUAUUUAAUAGGCUCUGAAAAUUUACAAGAAUAUGACAUUGCUCUAGUCUUACUCCACUGGUGACUGAAAUUAUUUCUGAUUUUACCCUUGUUGCUUUAUGUGACACAUAGCAGUGGAUCAAAAUGAAGUACUCUGUUAAAACACAUUCAGUCAUAGUGUAAAUAUGCACUUGAGUGAAUUUGUUCUGGUUUUAAGUUGCUAAGAAUAUGUAAUAAGAGCAAGUUUGAAACAUACCAGUGUAUGUUUAUAUGGUGGUUGGGUCUGAAUCUGAGGACAUCAGGUGAAUAAUGAAUAAUUAAAAAUGUGAAUCAUCACUCUACA